CGCCUUCAUUCUCAGCUCUCAACUCUUGCUCUCUCUCUCUCUCUCUCUCUCUCUCUAUCUCCGCGCAGUCUGAGAAUCAAUGGCUUCCAACACAUUGAUGAGCUAUGGCAUUGCCACUGCCUCCGCCUUCCCUUCCGUGCUUUCUUCCUCCAAAUCCAAAUUCGCCGCCUCAAUCCCUCUCCCCGGGGGUGCCUCCGCUGCCUCGUCUUCUCGCUUCACCAUGACCGCUGACUGGAUGCCCGGCCAGCCCCGACCUCCUUACCUCGACGGUUCAGCUCCUGGUGACUUCGGAUUCGACCCUCUUCGUCUAGGGGAAGUGCCGGAGAAUCUUGAGAGAUACAAGGAAUCUGAGCUCAUCCACUGCAGAUGGGCCAUGCUUGCUGUGCCAGGGAUAUUGAUACCAGAGGCAUUGGGGUUAGGGAACUGGGUAGAAGCUCAGAGAUGGGCAGCAGUUCCUGGUGGCCAAGCCACUUACCUAGGGAACCCUGUUCCAUGGGGCACCCUACCCACUAUUUUGGUGAUUGAGUUCCUGUCUAUAGCCUUCGUGGAGCACCAACGCAGCAUGGAGAAAGACCCCGAGAAGAAGAAGUACCCUGGUGGUGCCUUUGACCCUCUUGGAUACUCCAAGGACCCUGUCAAGUUCCAAGAAUACAAAGUCAAGGAAAUCAAAAAUGGGCGUCUGGCACUGUUGGCAUUUGUGGGGAUAUGUGUGCAGCAAUCAGCAUACCCAGGAACAGGGCCUUUGGAGAACUUGGCGACUCACUUGGCUGAUCCAUGGCACAAAAACAUUGGGGAUAUUAUCAUUCCCAGAUCUCUUCUGCCUUGAGAAUUCAAAAUCUUUUUGCUGUGUAUCAGAGCAGCAUUGUAAUGUUGCUCGCAAAUCAAUAUAUGUUUCGUUGUGCUAGCUGUGAUUAACCUUAGAAUUGCUGUGUUUCAAAACUCUCAUACUUGUAUGUAUGUAGUGCCUUUUGCUUGCCGUGUGGUAAACCAUACUUCCAAGUCUACCAGACAGUUUGCUCCA